GUUCCAAUAAAGACAGGAUUUAGCGUUAUUUGCUAAAAAAUAUAAGUGUUUUUUGACAAAAUGUUGUCUAAAGUAUUGGCAUUAUUCGGGCUUAUAUCCGCCGCUCAGGCGAUUUUCCCGUUCCAUCAUCACCACCAUCAUCACCAUCCUGCGAUAUCACACCAGGAGAUACACAAGCACGACGGGCCCCACCACCCUAUCCCGAUCCACCACCCUAUCCCAAUCCACCAUCCCAUACCAAUCCAUCACCCCAUCCCUUUCCAUCAUCACCACCACAUUCCUCAUCAUAUUCCCAUUCCCCACCACGUACCAAUACAUCAUGAUCACUAUGCAUUCCCAGAGUACAAAUUCGAGUACGCAGUGCAUGACCAUCAUACGGGUGAUGUGAAGUCGCAGCAUGAACACCGGCAUGGAGACGUAGUGAAGGGCGGAUACGAGCUCAUCGAGCCUGACGGCAGGUUCAGGAAAGUUGAGUACAAAGCGGAUGACCACACAGGAUUCAACGCUAUCGUGCAUCAUUCCUCGCCUCUUCAUCAUGUUCAUUUGGCCCAUCAUCAUCACAUCUGAUCCAACGCAGCCGUCGCCCGUCACACGAUCAAGCCUUGAUAAGACUGACCCUCAGCCAGUAAAACAGCAACGUUCAAUUUUUGUAAUAUAUUAUUAUAAGUCUGUAUCUAUCAGCAUAUUAAAUGGAUUAGCGCUAAU